GUAACAAUCUGAUAAGAGUUAUCAGGCACUGUUCGCGACAACAACAUCUAGUUUCUUUUCUAAAUUAUUCUUAUUUAUUUAUUCUCAUUAUUCUGAUUUAUAAUAAUAAUUAAUAAUGGAGGAUGAAAAUAUUAGGUUUGAACUUUUAGGAAGAAUCCACACGCUCAACGAACUAUUGUUGGCAGAAAGACAAAGGAGUUUUAAAUACGUUCAGGAGAUCGCGAGUUUGCAGUUUCAACAGAAGCAACGUGACGAUGUUCUCUUGAUUAUGAAAGUUCAGGCUAGAAUAGAAGAAUUGGAGGAAAUGUUUCUACCUCAUCAGUAUAGGAAGAGGAACCAGAACCGUGAACGACGAAUGAAAUGGACUUUAAUACUUACCUGUCCAGAUCCACCUUAUUCCACGAACGUUGAAUUGAUCAGUUUUAGAGCAUCAGUUGCUCAUAUCGAUCAGAAUAUAUUUAUUGAUACGGUUUGCGGUCUGUACCCCGAUUUUAGUCCAACAGCCCGUCAACGAAUUUGGUUUGCUUUGAAUUAUGAUGAUAAUAGUAUUUAUCGGAUGCUGGCCAUCGAUGCUGGUUUUUCGAGUGUUCUUGAUGUCCGAAGAGUUCAAGUGGUCCAUGGUAUUCUAGCCCCUAUCUUGUUACCGCCACCGGCCGCACCCGUCGUCCUACCCUAAUUUAAAAAAUAAUAAUAUAUGUAACAUUCGAAAAGACUGAAUCUAAAUUUGUAAAUGUAAAAAGCGUAGGUAUUUGAAUCCCCUCCCUUUUUGUAUUAUGUAUCUAUCAAGAAUUUAUUGUAAAUAAAAAUGUAAGUCCAAGUCGUAAUGUUUUCAGUUCAUGACUUGAUGAGGUUGUCUACAUGAUUAAUUUAUGAGAUCCAUAGAAAAUCAACAUCUUCGAAAUAGCUUCUUCGUUUUUCAAUUUUUAUAGGUAAAAACCGCAGGGUAUAUGAAAUGAGUCAAUAAGAGCUUUGAAAAAAAAUCAAAAUUCAAAAUUGUUUUUUUUUUUUGCAAAUUUUUGCAAAUGUUGAGAGACUUGACUGUCUUGAGACUGGCAGUCACUGUCAGGCUUGACGCUUGAGUUAGGUCAAAGUCAGGUCAUCAGGUGGUAGUUCAUAGCCAAUCAGAAGGCUACAAGGCGACAUAGCGACACUAGCUCAGCACAGUGGCGCAUUGAGUUGACAAUCUGAUAAGAGUUAUCCACGCCUCCACAGCACUGUUCGCGACAUAAGUUUCGGUGUUUCGGUCGUUCUCUUUCUUUUCCAAGUUUUCUAAUUAUUCUGAAUUAUUAUAAUAAUGGAGAAUGACAUUGGGUUUCUUCUAGGAAAAGUCCAAACGCUCAGCGAACUGUUGUUGGCAGAAAAACAAAGGAGUUUAAAAUACGCUCAACAGGUUGGGAAGUUGCAGGUUUAUCUGAUG